UUUCUCAUUGUUCUCUUUACUCACUCUGGCGCAGCCUAUAGACCAACAAAACUCUCUGAAGCGGCCCCGAAUUCAUCGAAAAUGGCAACCCAAAUGAGCAAGAAGCGAAAGUUUGUAGCUGAUGGAGUGUUCUUCGCUGAAUUGAAUGAGGUUUUGACGAGAGAGCUAGCCGAGGAUGGCUACUCUGGAGUUGAAGUUAGGGUUACUCCUAUGCGUACUGAGAUCAUCAUUAGGGCUACUCGCACCCAAAAUGUUCUUGGUGAGAAGGGGAGGAGAAUUAGGGAGCUGACAUCCAUUGUUCAGAAAAGGUUCAAGUUCCCAGAGAACAGCGUGGAGCUUUAUGCCGAGCGAGUUAAUAACAGGGGUCUCUGUGCUGUGGCUCAGGCUGAGUCAUUGCGCUAUAAACUUCUUGGAGGACUAGCUGUCCGCAGGGCUUGCUAUGGUGUUCUUCGAUUUGUUAUGGAGCAAGGUGCAAAAGGGUGUGAGGUGAUUGUAAGUGGAAAGCUAAGGGCUCAGCGAGCUAAAUCAAUGAAGUUCAAGGAUGGCUACAUGAUUUCUUCUGGCCAGCCGGUUAAGGAAUAUAUCGACUCUGCUGUAAGACAUGUUCUUCUUCGACAGGGUGUUCUUGGUAUUAAAGUGAAGAUCAUGCUUGCCUGGGAUCCAAAGGGUAAGGUGGGCCCUGUGACACCUCUACCGGAUCUUGUUACAAUCCAUCAACCGAAGGAGGAAGAUGAAUAUCCCAGGCCACUGGCUGCUGUUACUGAUAUCGAUGUUGGAGCAGCUUAAGAAAAACUUGCUAGGGAAACCUGGCAAAGGCAGGAGAAAGAGCAGGAGUAGCUGCGCGUUUGUAGUUGCAAAAUAGGAUGCCCUUUAUUCAGGAUGACAUUAUUGUUAAAUAGGUUAAUUGUGUUUUCCUUUUCUUGGCUUGACAAUUAUAACAGUUUGGCUUUAAAUUUUGUCUUCUCUGCUUGAUGAAUAGCGAGUUCAUACUACUCGUUUAAUAUGUGCCAUUAUGCUGGCGUGGAGAGCUGGAAAUUGAUUGGCCUUCUCUUGGUGCUUUAA